AUCCAGCUAGCAUCCUCGCGGGGAGCUGGACCUGUGUGUCCGCCCGGUGUCAACCCGGAUCGGCAGCUUCGGAGGAUGCAAGAUGUUCAGGGCGCCUUCUUCUACCACUCAAAUCCCAGGCUGGGAACCAAUGGAGGCCUCGAAGAUGAGAGACAGCUUUUGGUUGAAGAGCAAAAGUUAUGCCGAUCCCGAGCUCGCAAGUUCUCCCUGGAAACCAACCGGCGCCGGAGGGCUCUGGAGCAAAGGCAGAAGCAGCGGGACGUGCAGGAGCAACAGCUGACCGAGAACAUCCUGCUGCAACGCAGGCAGCGAGUACAGGAUGCAACUGAGCGCUUCCAAAGGGCCCACUUGCCCCCCUCUCAGAGACGCAGGCAAUCUUUUAGAAGAAAUGUCCCGAAUAUCGAAGACGCGCUCAAUCAAAUUCAAGGCUCCUCGCCGUUCUCUUUCUUGUCGGGCAACUCUAACAUUAGCAGAAGCUGCACUCCGUGUCCCCGCCAGGCGCUCUCCGCUGUGGAGGCCUACACCAAACUGCUCCACGAGCAGAGCAGGACUUGCUUCAACAGCUGUCCACAAAGGGAAAAGACACACAAUCUCAGUCCUCAGGACAGCCAAGUGUCUGAUUGCAGCAAUUCUGAAAGCUUUUCAAGUAAGGACAGUUUAGAGAAUGAGAACCACAGCAUAAAACAUCUACAGUAUUCCAAUUCGCCGUUUGUGCUCGACUCAGAGAAGCCCCGUCCAGACCCGAGAAAGCAAAAUGAUUUAUGUCCAACAUCAGACCUAACUUCAUUCUCAUCCAUGAUACUUCUUGCUGAUAAAUUGCAUGAACCUGAGCAAAAGAAACGCACCAACUCCGAGGGGCCUGACAAUAAGCUGCAUGUGUCCGAAGCGUCGUGGGGGUUCACGCCUAAAACGCAGACUCUGCACAACUGCAACUUGUUCACUCUUUGUGAGGUUGCUACUGCAGGCCCAGAGCAGUUUGGGGUGAACUCACAAAACAGUCCCAGUGACAACGUCAUUGCAACAAACAGAGUUGCCCCCGGCAACACAACACUCGAUUCUUCAUGUCUUAGACAGGAGGCUCUGUUAGGACUCGGGCAGAACAACGUCCUCCACGACAGACAAUUAAAGCAUCCGUCAGCGACAGAAAUUCUUUUGCCUGCUCAAAAUGACAACAGCAAAGACAUUUUGUGUGGGCCGCCCCCGAAGCCCAAUAUUUUCCUGAACGUUAGCGCGACAGAUAAUGCAUCCCGAGAGACAACUCUUACAGAAAAAGACAAUCACAAUCUGUUACCGCAGAAAGAGCUGCGUGCUUCCGUGAACAACCUUAAUAAGGUUUCAAACUCACAGCCCAAAAGUGAGGAGCCUGUUGAUGCAGCAUCGCUGCAGCGCGCAUGCUUGUCAGACGUUCAGUCAGAUACUCUUACGGGCCUUGGGUGUCCUGAGGGGGAAGCUGAAAACGUGCCUGUUGCUGGGAGGACGUCUCGUUCCGUGCGAUUCAUUAAAGGAAUCCUCAAAAAGCCAUCCUGGUACAUGCCGGGGGAAACCACGAGUGGGUUUGCCCCAGGACAUUUGAUUUUUGCAAAACAAGUAGCCUUAGCCAUCAGGGACAGCGUUGAAUUGGCGAGGACAAAAAGUAAGGGAGUGGAGGGACACACCGCUGUGAAAAAGAAGCUGCGUUGGUUUGAUGAGGAGCAUGUGGAGAAAGAGGGCAAAGAGCAGAACACAAUGGAACAGAUGAAAGGAGCAUCUUCCAAUCACUCUUACUCAAAUAACUACUCAAAGGACCACCAGCUAAGUCUCACUACAGUCUCAGGGGCUACGAAGACCAUACCCGGCGUGACCCCUGCGGCCUCCACUGGUUAUCACUUUACAAAGCAAGCGUGGGCAGAUGUUGGGGUUCAAGUCAGCUUGCCUCAAGAGCAAGCGGAGGAGGUCAAGGUGCCGCGCUGCGGCACCAGGACCGCUGGCCCCAAGGUCCCCCAGAGAGAGCGCCCGGCCCGAGCUGGAGGGGGUCCCGUUUCCUCGCGGACUAGAAAGGGCACCGUCAUACGACCUCAGUCUGCCACCGAGGUGAGUCAGAUUGCCAGAACCCAGGGGGGGCUAAUGGUGCCCCGCCCACCCCCGAAGAUGGAAGGGGAACGGAGGGCGAGCCUCGCUAAGGCACCAUAUGGCGCAGAGCGUUGCAGUGUCAACCGUAAACACGCUGAGGCCGAGCAGGAGGCCGAAGGACCACCUCACACACGUGACGCCGUGAGAACAGAUAGCACUGUUAUGUACACACCGCUGCCACCCUCGCGCACCCACUCCGCCUCAAAGGGCAAGACGAAGGGCCCGCCCAGCUCAGGCCGUCAGCAAAGUCAGGGCUGCGGCCGCAGAAGGAGAGGGAUGGUGUGCAACGACAAAGGCCACUGUUUAGCUUGCACUCCCACGGAUGAGGAGAUCUCACAGCUCUGGCACGGUGUCCGCAGUGCCUUAGCCACCAAGGAGGCAAAAAACAUGCUUCAAAGACAGGCCCUGGACCUUGUUGUGAGGAAACUCUGCGUGGAGCAGAGCCGUCCGCCUCCCGGCUCGGGGAACAGGAGGGUUCCGUCGCCCUCUCAGCCAAAGGGACAGACUAUUCCAGUCGGACCAUUUUCCAGUACCUACAACAUGGCCUGUCCAUAUGAAGGUUUGGACAGUGCGGCCCAGUUACACCUGGCCGGAGGUCAUCCUGGAGGCCUGGUGGAGGAAUCGGACAUGGUUGCUGCCGUGGAAACAGCCCAAACACAGAGGCCUGGCACAGCGCAGCAGCGCAGCCGAAAGGAGGGACUCGCUGGAAUUUCCUUGGAAGAGCAGAACAUCCUCUUCUCUCUGGACAGACUCAACCAGCGACUGCACCGUGUGCGGGAGCACGUGGGGUCUGACGCCGGCUCGUGUGGUCUCGCACUUAUCGAUGCGCCCUGUACAGGGGAAGUGAGAGUCACAAACCAUCAGAAGCAUCGUGCAUCAAACAGCCGCUCUCGGUACCAGAAGAAACCCUGACUCUCGGCACGUGGUCCAGAGUGGUCGUCUGUCCCGUCCGUGCAUUGCAGCUGUCGGACUGGGAUCACAACCACUUCAUCGCCCAGUAAAAUGAGUCUAGUCCCCUUUAGAGCUACGAAUGUCCUAAUGGACGAUAUAAGAUCUAAGAGAUCGGCAGCACUGAACUGUGGAGGCAAUAAAACCUCUCAGCAGAAUUGGACCAAACAUCAUUUUUUAGUUGCUGUUAAAAGUUGUUUGGUAUGUUUUUGCAAUCUGCCUUGACAAGAUCACAUUGUUAUAAAAUAGAUAUGUGUGCCUUUAAAAAAUGAUACUGGCUUCCAUUGUUUUUAAUAAUUCACCUAUGAAAAAUAAAUGCCUUCUUACAAUUCUAUACAAAACUUA